AUGGCUUCAAUAUUGGACGAGUACGAGGAUUCGCAAAACAGCAGGCAAAACGCGCAGCAGCAUGGUCGCCUGGCAAGCGCCAACAUCGGGAUAACACACUCAGGCUUCGUCAAUGUGCGACUCGAAGAGGAAAAGCCUAUUUUCAACAAGCAGAGGAUCGAUUUUACACCGCCCGAGAGGAUAAAUCACCUAGCAGUCUGCAACAAUCAACUAUGCAUGAGUCUGGGGAAGGACACCCUGCUGAGGAUUGAUUUGGCUAAACCUGAUCACCCCAAUCAGAUUGAUCUUGGAAGGAAAGAUGACAGCAAAGUGCACAAACUUUUCCUGGACCCGACAGGCUCCCACUUGGUGAUCAGCUUGAGCACCAGUGAGUGUCUGUACCUGAACAGGAAUACGCAAAAGGUUCGCAGUCUGUCUCGCUGGCGGGGCCACCUCGUGGAGAGCAUUGGCUGGAACAAGCUGCUAGGCAAUGAGACCAGCACGGGGCCAAUCUUGGUGGGCACUGGCCAAGGUGUCAUCUUCGAGGCCGAGAUCUCUGCCACCGAGGGGAGCCUCUUUAACACCAACCCGGACCAGUACUUCAGACAAGUCCACUCCCUGGAGGAAGACGGGAGUCCGGCACCUGUGUGCUGCCUGGAGGUGGAGCGCGGCCUGGAGAACAAGUAUUUCAUCAUUGCCACCACCCGCAAGCGCCUCUUCCAGUUUGCGGGCAAGGUGGCUGAGGGGACGGAGCAGCAGGGCUUCAGCUCGAUCUUCAUCCAGAACCAGGACCUGUUGCCCAGCUUUCAGGAGUUCCCGGUCAACAUGGGCUACAGCGAGAUCACCUUCUACACCUCCAAGCUUCGCACUUCCCCCAAGGCCUUUGCCUGGAUGAUGGGCAACGGGGUGCUCUAUGGGCAGCUGGAUUAUGUUAGGCCUGACUCGCUGUUGAGUGACGUGCAGGUGUGGGAGUACACGACCGACAUCGACCUGUCCCUCAACAAGCCCAUCUCCAUUGUGCUGACCCAGUUCCACUUCCUGCUGUUGCUGCACGACCGGGUCAAGGCGAUCUGCACGCUGAACGGUCAGGUGGUUCAUGAGGACGUGUUCCCGGACAAGUUCGGCCCUCUCAAGAGAAUGAUCAAGGACCCGUCGGGCGGCCUGGUGUGGAUCUACACGGAGCGAGCCGUGUUCCGCUACCACAUCCAGCGCGAGUCCCGCGACGUGUGGCAGAUGUACAUGAACAUGAACAAAUUCGACCUGGCCAAGGAGUACUGCCGCGAGCGGCCCGAAUGCAUGGACAUGGUCCUUGCCAAGGAGGCCGAGCACUGCUUCCAGAACAAGCGCUACCUGGAGAGUGCCAAGUGCUACGCCCUGACGCAGAACUACUUUGAGGAGAUUGCGCUCAAGUUUAUUGAGGCCAAGCAGGAGGAGGCCCUUAAGGAAUUCUUGAUAAAGAAGCUGACCAAUCUGAAGCCGAACGAGAGGACGCAGAUCACCUUGCUCGUCACCUGGCUGGCCGAGCUCUACUUGAACAGGCUGGGCCAGCUGGAGGACGACGACGGCAAGGCGGGCGUCCUCUUCCGGGAGACCCGCGACGAGUUCCGCCACUUCCUGAACACCUCCAAGCACCGCGAGUGCCUGUUCAACAACCGCGGCACCAUCUACGACCUGCUGGCCAGCCACGGCAACGUGGAUGACAUGGUGUACUUCUCGGUGGUCAUGCAGGACUACGAGAGGGUGGUGUCGCACUACUGCCAGCAUGACGACUACUGCGCCGCUCUGGACGUACUUGCCAAGCACCGCGACGAGAAACUCUUCUACAAGUUCUCCCCGGUGCUCAUGCAGCACAUCCCCGAGAGGGUGGUGGACGCCUGGAUCCAAAUGGGCAAGCGGCUGGACCCCAAGCAGCUCAUCCCGGCGCUGAUGAACUACAGCCACAAGGGAAGUAGCCAGCAGAUCAACGAGACGGUGCGCUAUAUGGAGUUCUGCGUGCACGAGCUGCACGUGACGGAGGAGGCCAUCCACAACUACCUGCUGUCGCUCUACGCCAAGUACAAGCCCGACUCGCUGCUGCGCUACUUGGAGGAGGCGGGCACGUACGCCUCGGAGAUCCACUACGACCUGAAGUACGCACUCAGGCUGUGCGCCGAACAUGGCUACCUGCGCGCCUGUGUGCUGGUGUACAGGAUUAUGGAGCUGUACGAGGAGGCGGUGGAUCUCGCUUUGCAAGUGGAUGUGGAUUUGGCUAAGAGCUGCGCGGACCUGCCCGACGAUGAUGAAGAGCUGCGGAAGAAGCUGUGGCUGAAGAUCGCCCGCCAUGUGGUGCAGGAGGAGAAGGAUGUGAAAAAGGCCAUGAACUGCUUGUCCAGCUGUGACCUGCUCAAGAUUGAGGACAUCCUGCCUUUCUUUCCCGACUUUGUCACCAUUGACCACUUUAAGGAGGCCAUCUGCAGCUCCCUGGAGGAGUACAACAAGCACAUCGAGGAGCUGAAGCAGGAAAUGGAGGAGGCCACUGAGAGUGCCAAACGCAUCCGAGAGGACAUCCAGGAAAUGCGCAACAAGUACGGCGUGGUGGACUCCCAGGACAAGUGUUCGGCUUGCGACUUUCCAUUGCUCAACAGGCCUUUUUAUUUGUUCCUGUGUGGACACAUGUUCCACUCUGACUGCCUCCUGCAGGAAGUGACGCCUCACCUGUCUGCCUACAAGUUGAGUCGUUUGGACGAGCUGCAGAAGAAACUCUCAGCCUCCACGCAGGCGUCCAAGUCGCGACACCGGCCUACGCCUAAUGAGGAGGGUGACGCGACUAGCCUCGGGAAGGGAGGCGCCAGUCGCGAGCAGAUGAAAUCCGACCUGGACGACAUGGUGGCUUCCGAAUGUGUGUACUGCGGCGAACUGAUGAUUAGGUCUGUGGACAAACCCUUCAUCGAUCCGAAGAAGUUCGAGGAGGAAAAAUCCAGCUGGCUGUGAACAAACUGGACUUGUGCUGGAUGUAGCAGAUUGAGACGUUUGUCCGGUUGCAUGUGCCUGAUCCAUGACCACUACUGAGUAUAGUGUCAGCUUUUUCUGUUUGAGGCAGAUUUGGAAUAUUUUUACACUUCUGAAUUACAUAAGAUCAUGUAAACUGGUUCCCAACACAUACACACAUCUGAAUCAAAAGUUUCAAGAUUAGGAUUAAAUAUGCUUCAACCGUCCACCCAGUUUCUAAUCCACUUAUCCUCCCAAGGGUCACGGGCGUGCUGGAGCCUAUGCCAGCUGUCCUCAGGUAGUCGGCGGGGUACACCCUGAACUGGUUCCCAGCCAGUGGCAGUAAAUAUGCAUCAUGCAGUGUUUAUUGCCAUGUUCUGUAACCUGCUUGUUCUGACAUAGCCUGCAUUUAUAUGUCCAAUGGUAUAUAUUUCCUGCUCAGUCUCUCUUAACUAAACCAUGGAAAAUAAAUAAAACCCAUUAAUAUAAUGCUUUGUCACUUUGA